AUGGGAGACAUGCUCUCGCAUGUAGCAUUGGAGCAUGUAGUUGAUGUCAGCCCGACUGCUAACGCUCCCCACCACCAGCUCACCACAAUCACCACCACCGCACCGCAUCUCCAUCCCACCUCUCUUUCCUCCCUCUCCCUCUCGCUUCUCUUUUUACCACAACUUCAUCCAUUUUGUGUGUCUUGGUCAUUGAGCCUCGUCUCUUUACGUUCUCGCGGUCCUCCUUGUCCUCAUCUUCCUCUCGUUCCUCUUGUCCAGAAUCUCUCCUUCCCCCCCCUCCCUUGA